UAACGGAGAUGACUCUGUAUUUAUUGAAGAGAAGCAGUCGGGAUUCAUGGACACAAAACAAGAAUAUAAGCAUGAAGAGCAUAUUGAAGGAACUGGUUGGUGGGAAAGCGCUUGUCUUUAUCACUGUGCUUGGUUUGGGUGGAUCAUUUCAGAAUGGAUUUCAUCUCACAGCGAUCAGCUCUCCGUCUCCAUACAUUCAGAGCUUUAUUAACAGCAGCUGGAUGCAUCACUAUGGAGAUGUCCCAGGAGAGAAGACCAUCACCUUUAUCUGGUCUGCUGUGGUGGCUCUAUACGCUUUUGGAGGUCUCAUUGGCUCAAUAUCUGUCCGAUACUUAACCAGUCGUCUGGGAAGAAAAGGAACCAUGCUGUUGAACAGUGCCAUCGCAGUUGUGGCCACAGUCAUCAUGUACAUUAGCAAACCUGCAUACUCAUUUGAGUUGAUCCUUGUAGCACGCUUCCUAAUUGGAUUCGGAGCAGGAUUAGGUUUGAAUGUCCAUGUCAUCUACCUUGGUGAGAGUUCACCAAAGAAAAUCAGAGGCAUGGUGACACUCACAGUCGCUACCUUUUUGUCCCUUGGUAAUCUGGCAGGGCAAUUUGCUGGCCUCCGGGAAAUUCUUGGCCGUGAAGAGUGGUGGAACACCCUGUUGUGCAUCCCGGCGUUUUUUUGCGUGGUUCAGUUGGCAGUCUUGCCAUUCUUCCCUGAUGCUCCACGAUAUAUUCUGAUAGAGAAGGGCAACACUGAACAGUGCAAAAAGGCACUGCAGUGUCUAUGGGGACCAGGAGAUUAUAAGUUGGAGAUAGAGGAGAUGGAAGAAGAGCAGGUAGUCAUUGGAGAGGAGCACAAUAAGAGUCUGCUGGAUCUUCUCAGAGACAAACACUUGCGCUGGCAGAUCUUUUCCCUGCUGGUCAUAAACGGAUGCAUCCAGUUCAGCGGCGUACCUGCUAUCACCGUCUUCUCUUUUGAUAUCUUUUUGGAAGCGGGAAUUCCAGUGGACAAGAUCCGUUAUGUCACUCUGGGCAUAGGAGCAUCAGAAGUUCUUGUCUCCAUAACCUCUGGCCUGUUCAUUGAGAGUGUGGGGAGGAGAGCCUUGAUGUGGACAGGGUUUGGGGGAAUGUCAGCCAUUAUGGCAUUAAUCACAGUCACUCUUUACCUAAAGGACUACAGCUUUGUGAUUCCAUACAUCACAGUCGUCCUCAUUUUCCUCUUCAUUAUUUUCUAUGGAGGAGGCCCAGCUGGAACAGCCAUAUCGCUCACCAAUGAGAUCUUCAUCCAGUCAUACCGCCCAGCUGCAUUUAUGUUUAACGGCGUCCUGCGCUGGCUGGGAUUCGCCAUGCUUGGAUUCAUCUUCCCAUUCCUUAUUGCUGCUCUGAAGUCUCUGAGCUUUGUUCUCUUCUCCUGCGUUUGUCUGAUAGCUGCUCUCUACGUCUUCUUCAUCCUUCCUGAAACAAAAGGCAAAACUCCACUUGAAAUUUCCCAAGAGUUUAAGAACAUCAGAGUGUGUGGAUCCUCCAAAGAAGAUGCCAUGUGCUUAGAGACUAAGCUUUAAAGUUGCCAUAUUGAUGUAUGGAUGGAUGUGGACUGGCAUUACCAUAAUAUCAUAUUUAUUUAUCAACAUUAUAUGUAUAAAGACAGACUGCUUAGCUAAUAUUAUAAGAAAGUGAUGCUGUACAGUCAGCUGGAUGGAUGGUCUUGGGUUUAUUUUAUAUAUUAGACACGCGAUAAUGGCCGGAUGACUGUAUGUUAUCCAACUUAAUGCAUGGCUACUUAACAAUAAAUAAAUAAAUGCACUUGA